UCCUCUUAUACCACUCGAUCUCCUUCAUCUUCUCUCCCAAAUCAUCUUCCGUUUUCCUCUGAGAACAAGGAGUUCUCUACAAUGGCUGCAUCGUCCGCAUGUAUUGUUGGAAAUGGUCUAUCCGCUAAAAGGGACAUAUGCAAGGAACUUCAUGGCAAGCAAUUUUACCUUUCCCCUAGCCUUCCAUCUCUUCAUAAGGUUCCAAAAUUAGGAGUUGUAACAGCAUCUCUUGACAAGAAGCAGCAUGAAGGAAGAAGAGGGUUCUUGAAGUUGUUGCUUGGAAAUGCGGGACUUGCAGCACCUGCUUUGCUAGGCAGUGGGAAAGCUUAUGCGGAUGAACAAGGAGUUUCUAACUCAAGAAUGUCUUAUUCUAGAUUUUUGGAGUACUUAGACAAGGACAGGGUUAACAAAGUCGAUUUAUUUGAAAAUGGAACCAUAGCAAUUGUAGAGGCUGUUUCUCCUGAGUUGGGUAAUAGAGUGCAGAGAGUUCGAGUGCAACUCCCAGGUCUCAGCCAGGAACUUCUUCAGAAGUUUAGGGAGAAGAAUAUCGACUUUGCAGCACACAAUGCUCAAGAGGAUUCGGGUUCUUUUCUGUUCAAUUUAAUUGGGAAUCUGGCAUUCCCUAUGAUAUUGAUUGGGGGUCUAUUUCUUUUAUCAAGGCGUUCCAAUGGUGGAAUGGGAGGUCCUGGUGGGCCCGGGAAUCCCCUUGCCUUUGGUCAAUCGAAAGCGAAAUUUCAAAUGGAACCAAACACUGGUGUGACCUUUGAUGAUGUUGCUGGUGUAGACGAAGCAAAGCAGGAUUUCAUGGAGGUCGUGGAGUUUCUGAAGAAGCCAGAGAGGUUCACUGCUGUUGGUGCUCGGAUUCCAAAGGGUGUUCUUCUUGUUGGUCCUCCAGGAACCGGAAAAACACUACUAGCUAAGGCCAUUGCUGGUGAAGCAGGUGUUCCAUUUUUCUCUAUUUCAGGUUCAGAGUUUGUUGAGAUGUUUGUUGGUGUUGGUGCCUCAAGAGUUCGAGAUCUUUUCAAAAAGGCCAAGGAGAAUGCCCCUUGUAUUGUAUUUGUUGAUGAAAUUGAUGCUGUUGGGCGGCAAAGAGGGACUGGUAUUGGAGGGGGGAAUGAUGAAAGAGAACAAACCCUGAACCAGCUUUUGACAGAAAUGGAUGGCUUUGAAGGAAACACUGGUAUUAUUGUAGUUGCAGCUACCAACCGUGCAGACAUUCUGGACUCUGCUUUAUUGAGACCAGGGCGAUUCGAUAGACAGGUAUCCGUUGAUGUUCCAGAUGUUCGAGGAAGGACAGAGAUCUUGAAGGUUCAUGCCGGCAAUAAGAAGUUUGAAAAAGAUGUGUCUCUUGAGGUGAUUGCCAUGAGAACACCUGGAUUUAGUGGAGCGGAUCUUGCAAAUCUUUUAAAUGAAGCAGCUAUAUUGGCUGGUCGCCGUGCAAGGACUGCAAUAUCACCCAAAGAAAUUGAUGAUUCCAUUGACAGAAUCGUGGCCGGAAUGGAAGGAACAGUUAUGACAGAUGGGAAAAGCAAAAGUCUUGUAGCAUACCAUGAGGUGGGCCAUGCCAUUUGCGGAACUCUAACGCCAGGGCAUGAUGCUGUCCAAAAGGUGACCCUAGUCCCACGUGGUCAAGCAAGAGGGUUGACCUGGUUCAUUCCUGCAGACGACCCUACGUUGAUCUCCAGGCAGCAACUAUUUGCAAGAAUUGUUGGUGGACUUGGUGGAAGAGCUGCUGAAGAAGUGAUCUUUGGUGAGCCUGAGGUAACUACUGGUGCAGCUGGUGAUCUACAGCAGAUCACAGGCCUGGCCAAGCAGAUGGUGGUUACAUUUGGCAUGUCGGAAAUCGGCCCAUGGUCACUUAUGGAUGGAUCUGGUCAAAGUCAAGAUGUUAUUAUGAGAAUGAUGGCAAGAAACUCGAUGUCUGAAAAGCUAGCCGAAGACAUUGAUACUGCCAUCAAGAAGCUUUCAGACAGUGCAUAUGAGAUUGCAUUGAGUCAAAUCCGAAGCAAUCGUGAAGCCAUGGACAAGAUCGUGGAGGUCCUUCUCGAGAAAGAAACAAUGAGCGGUGAUGAGUUUCGAGCAAUCUUAUCUGAAUUUACCGAAAUUCCUGUCGAAAAUCGGGUUGUUCCUGCUGCCCCAAGCCCAGUAAGUGUAUAGUUAACAUUAAAUCCACUGUGGUAUGUAUUAUAAAUUCUUGAUCAUGGUUCUUUUUUGGGUAUUUGGUGGUAAAGUGUAAUAUUUCAACUAGAAGUAUUUGAUACAUAGAAAAGAUGGCUACUGCUUCUGCCUAAUGUAUAUGGUCUUGUUUA